ACCAAGAAAGCAUUGUUUUUUACGACAAUAACGUGUGGGAAUUUGAAGUGAUUUCGCGGUUUGACAACAGUGAAUAGUGGUGGUCGGUGGAGUAUGGUGUUAGUAGUGCUCCUCGUCUACCACGGAUAACAAAAAGAAAAGUGAAAGUUUGAAGUGUGUAACAGAAUAACGGUCGGUAGUGGAGAAAGUGGUGUUUUGUGUCCUCCUUUCAGUUAGUUUGCCUUACAAGAUGUUUUGUGGUCAAAGCUGAGGCUUAGUGUUGUGAGAAUGUGAGACUUUUGGGGAAGGAUAUUGUGAUGCUGUGUUGCUCUUUUAUCACUCCUCAGAUUGGAAGGUUGGAUAAAGUAACGUCUGUGCUCGUGUUUCGCUGUGUUUCGCGCCAAAAUGAGUUUCAAGCGGAGCAUCCUAAUCGGAGGACUUCUCGUGUCGAUAGUACUGCUAGUAUCAGGAUUAACAUUCUAUAUGAGUCUGGGGCCAUGUCCGAGCGGAACAUUUGCUUGUGACAAUGGCACGGUUUGUGUUCCGCGACGUCAAGUCUGUGACGACCGUAGGGAUUGUGCUGAUGGUCAAGAUGAGCAUCCUGUAGAGUGUGGUAUGUUCCACGGAAGUAAUGAGUUGCUCCUGAAGAUUGUAUAUCGUAUGAAUCAAACGAACGGGAGAAAUGACGAGGAAGACAGUUCUAGUAUGUGUGAUAUUAAGACAUAUCCAAACGUUUGUGCAUGUGUGAGACGUUCAAUGCUGACCUGUAGUAACGCCGGGUUUCUGAAACUACCUCCAAUAAGUACUGAGGUUACUUACUUGCAUCUUGUAGGGAAUAAUUUAACAUUACGGAAAGAUUCUUUCCAAGGAUUCAAUCUAGUCUAUCUAAACUUACGAAGUAACAACAUAUCAACGCUGCCAUCAGGGAUUUUCUCAGGACUAAGUCGUCUGCAGAAGCUCUUUUUAGGUUUCAAUCGAAUACAUAAGUUACCAACAGGAGUAUUUAAAGGACUCUCAUCGUUAAAUUGGCUGUUCAUCAAUUCUAAUGGAUUGCACAAGUUCUCGCUGAGGGCGCUCAAGGAAUUGAACAAUCUACACUGGCUCAAUCUCUCGCAGAAUCACUUAUUGCUGAAAAACGAAGAAUUUCCACAACUGGAAAAUCUCGUUGAACUGACAUUGGACCAUAAUGAUAUUGUUGAGGUAUCGGAGAGUCUAUUUUUGCAGCUAAGCGAAUUGCAAUUGUUGAGUUUGACUCACAACCGGAUCAAGACAGUACACCCACGAGCUUUCACUGAACUGCGAAAAUUGCGAGAACUACGACUCACGAAGAACCCAUUGAAGACGCUCUCCGGUCAAGCAUUCACCAACAUGAAGAGCUUGGAGGCACUAUAUCUCGGAGAAACACAAGUCACCAUAGACAGGAAUUUGCUGGGCACAACGAACGUGUCCUAUUUAAAUUUGCAUGGUAUCGGAUUCAACAACAUCGACUUUCAAGUGGUAGGCAAUAUUCCCGCUCUGCAAUAUGUUGUCUACGACAAGUUCUAUUUCUGCUCAAUGACGCCGCACAUUCAGAAAUGCAAGCCAAACAGCGAUGGGGUGUCCUCGUUUGAGGACCUUCUCUCCAAGCCGGUCCUCCGCUAUUCGGCUUGGCUUAUGGCAGGAUUAACCUUCUUUGGCAAUAUCCUGGUUCUGUGGGGUAGAUUCAUAUAUCGGGACGAGAAUCGUGCUGUGACAAUGGUCAUAAGGAAUUUGGCCGUAUCCGAUAUCCUUAUGGGCUUUUAUUUAUCCGUAAUCGGAAUACAAGAUGCCCGCUACCGUAGUCGCUAUCAUGAAGUUGCAUUGGAUUGGAUUACUUCCUGGAGCUGUGCCGCUGCUGGAGUUCUUGCAGUCACAUCAUCUGAGGUGUCAAUGUUAAUUCUGGCGUUUAUGUCCUUGGAACGAUUUUUGUUAAUUGCCGAUCCGUUCGGCGGUCAUAGGAGAUUAAAUUCCAGGAAUGUGUGCUUCUGUUUACUAUCGAUUUGGUUGGUUGGAGGAACAAUAGCCGUGGCACCGGUAAUCCUUUGGCGAUCUAGCACCAGAUUUUACGGAGCUUAUUCAGGAACGUGCUUCCCGCUGCAUAUUCAGGAACGUUAUCCAGUUGGCUGGGAGUAUUCGGCCUUUUUAUUCUUGGGGUUGAAUUUGUUUUUAUUGAUUAUGAUUGCCUUGCUGUACACGGCCUUGCUGUUCUCUAUCUGGCGGACGAGGAGCAAAACACCACUCGCCAUGCUGGAUUGCGAAUUUGCUGUGCGGUUUUUCUUCAUCGUCCUGACUGAUAUGAGCUGCUGGGCUCCGAUUAUCACCAUGAAGAUUUGGGCUUUUAUGAGCUAUGAUAUUUCAGACGACACUUAUGCAUGGUUGGUGGUAUUCAUUCUGCCAUUGAAUUCGGCAGUAAAUCCACUGCUUUAUACUUUCACAACUCCGAAAUACAGGAAUCAAGUUCUACUUAGGGGAUGGCAUAAAUUCACCUCAAGGCGUCGAACUGAGGGGUCCGGAAACUCUAAUCCAGAUGAGUCUCAAGGAAAGAUAAUCCCACUCCUCUACCAAACGGCCAACAACAGCCAGUGGAAAGGCUAGCAUACGUUAGAGUGCCAAUCAUUUUGAAGAAAACUUUGAUAUUGGAACCCCAUUUACAACCUUUAUAUACAAUACGAUAUGUAAACUUAAUCUAACAUUUUUAAACGCUCGAAUUUUUAAAAAUUCUUCAAAAGAUAUUUUUAGCCUAAAAUGGGAUGAAAGUCGGCGUUUUGUAUCUUCAUCCCAAAUUUUAAGAUAACAGGAAAACUACUAUAGCUAAAAGUAACAUUGAAUGUGAUGAAACGUAUUCUAUUUACAUUUAUGUAUA